CGAGAUCUGGCAACACUGUGCACUUCAUGGAUUCAGCCACUCCUUCGUCUGGUCAGACAGUUCUUUAUUGCGGAGUUUGACAAGAAAUCAGCUGAGGUGUGUUUUUUGUCGAAUUCAAUAAAGAGUCGAAACCAUUUUAAGACAGCAGAUACUGGUCUGGAUCCCAGUGUGAGCUUUACAAACCAAAACCACUCAGGAAGUCUCCUGUAUGGACAGCAGUGACACAGAGGGGAGGGUGAACGGAGAAUGAUCGGGAUUAACGGUUCCGUCGUUUGUUUCCUGACACUGUCCGUCCUGUGGACUCCCGUUAGAGGUGAUGCUGAGGUGUCCUGUGUUUUCAUGGAGAGCUGCAUCUUACCGUGCAGCUUCCAGGUCGGCACUGAAGCAGUCAUCCACUGGAUUCAGGUGAAAGCAGGAGACCCUCGUGUCCACUCCUACUUCCUCAACCAAGACCAGCUGGCACAGCAGGACCAGCGCUUCAGAGGCAGGACGUCACUGUUCAAGGACCAGAUCUCCAGAGGAAAUGCCUCGCUGCAGCUGACAGGGGUGGAGCUUCAAGACCAGAGCAGAUAUAAGUGCAUCACCAGCACCACCAGAGGAAACAAGGAGUCAAUUAUCAACCUGAAAGUGGACGCACUGGUCCAUAAAGUUGACAUUCAGCAGGUAGAGAACAGGAUCACCUGCAGCUCAGAGGGGAUCUACCCUGAGCCUCAGCUCACCUGGUCCACCAACCCUCCAUCCAGUGUGACCCUCCAGAACAAAACCACAGUCCAUCAGACUGAACAGCAGCUCUACAACAUCAACAGUUCUCUGAUAGUUUCAGUGACUGAUCUGGUCUACAGCUGCACCGUCAGCACUCGCAGAAACAGGAGGAGAGCCAGUUUGAGGCAACUGCCUUCCGUCAGUGGUUUGGGCACUGAAACAACAAUACUCUGCACUUCUUCAAAUACUUCCCAAACAGGCCUCAUCUGGAGGUUCAACCACAAUCAGAUCAUCCUGAACCAGACCAGGCCCAACGUCUCCUACACAGUGUCAGAGGAGUGGAGGCAGCAGGUGAAGAGUGUGUCUGAGUCAGGCAGUCUCACACUACAGCACUUAUCUUCAGAUCAGGACGGGAUAUACACCUGUGAGCUCAGUGAUGAUGAGGAGACAUAUGUGACAAACACUCUUGUGAUGAUAGAGGAAGGGAGGGAGUUCCAGAGGCAGGGGGCAGAGCGGCUGAAGGCUCUGGACCCUGUGGUGGACAGACGGGAAGAGGGCACAAUGAGGCUGAUGGAAGAGGCCGACCUGAGUAUCCGGGAGGGAGUGUUGAUGUGGAGGAGGUCAGAGAGGAGCUACAGGAGUUAUUGUAGGCGUGGUGGUUGGAGUCGCAGUUGUAUUGAUAGCAGGCCUUGUGUUUUACUGCAUAUCUAAAAGACACUAAGAAGACAGCACGUGGAACUACGUUACUCAAAGUGAAACUAAUGAAUAAAUGCCUGACAAGAGACAAAGUCAGAGUGUGGAAGCAGCAAGUGUUUGACUUGAUAAUGAACUUCCUACAAGCUGCUUAUAGACCCACUGCUCCAGUGAUAUGAAGAUCACAAUGCACUGCACUUAAGUGUGACUGUUUUUCAUUACUGUGAGCAAAUCUCCCACCUGGACAUUCAUGCGAGAUGGACAAGCAGUGAAAUCUGUACACAUUACACAAAAAACACUAAAAGUCCUAACAGGCCGUGAUAGGAGAAACUUGAACUCCUUGAACCAUGGACGUCGUUAGACCAAUAAAAUGAAUGCAAACAUGACGUAUGCCUAUGCCUAGGUCACUUCAUCCUAAUACCCAGGGAAAAAAAGUAUUUUGAUUUUUUCAUAUAAGUGUUGGGGUGGUAAAAACUCAUUGCAAAGAUUGUUUUGUUUUUACUUAAUUUUAUCAACAUUUUACAACAUGUGCUCUAGUGCAGAACAGAACUUCAUUGAUCUCGAGUGUGAAACACAUAAGCCCUUUUUAGACAGAAAUUGUGCAAAUUUGCAGGAAAGCCCAAUCAGUAUUUUUUCAGCAUUGGCAGUAUAACAACAAAAUCGGGGAGUGCAGCAAAAUGCCGCCUACCUACUUUUGUUUAUACAGAAUGUGCCUUUUUCGGGGCAAUGGGGGGCGUGAGCAAGUAACAAAACGUGUAGCUCAGCGUGUGACGUAAACAGUGACGUGGGAGGGAAGCCGCGGCUAGUCAGGUGGCAGUAGCAAAGACGCUGGUCAGGCGGCGAUUCUCUCAUAAGUCGGCCCGUCCUUCACCGUCCCCGUCAUCUGACGGUUAAUGGCCUCUUCGUUUGCGAGGACAAGGAGGGCGCACAAUUCCUUGUCUCCCCAGUUGCUCAUCUUUACAGUGUCUGUCAGGUUUGUGUUUCCCUCUUGCUACUAGCUGCUCGCUAAUUCCUGCUAUCAGCUGUUUCCUGUUUAUCCACCGCCAGUGGCUCGCACAUGCGGCGUCAUCAACAGCUCCUCCCACAAGUCAUCAACAGCCCCUCCCGUGGCGGAAGGCCGCCUCAGUCUGUUUAAACUAAAAGGGUUCCUCCAAUAUGUCUACCCUACGAGGAGGAAAAUUGGGCACCUUGGAUCAACUCCCCAAUCCGCCUCUGUGUGUCUAAACGCUCGCAGCUUGCCGGCAAAACGGCCCAACAUUAGUAGAAAAUCUGGCAGUGUAAACAAAAUUUUGCACUUUACACACCCCACGUAUGUUUUACUGUUGCACCAAGGCAUUCUGCAUCUGGAAGGACUCGGACUGUUGACCAUUUCCGGCUAGUGGAAUGCACCAUAAUUUCUUAUUCUGUCAUCUGGGUGCUGCUUCCUUUUCUUGACUGUCGGAGAGAGAGAGCCACCCUGGACUCUGACAUGCCUGUCCCUGGGUUAUCAGUUCCUCAGCCAAGAGGAGUUUGAACUCCAGGCACUGGGAGGUGUCCUUUGCAGGUCUUUGCAAGGCCUGGCUGUCCUGUCAGUACUGAAGCCACAAGUUGGUAAUGGCCAAAUCAGUGAAGUGAAGCAUGGUUCAAACAGUCCACUUCUUGGUCCAGCUGGACAUGCUGUAGACGCUGAGCAUGCGGUCGCACAUGUCAACCCCUCCCAUGUUGCUGUUAUAUUCUGCAACCACUGCAGGUCUUUGGACUUCAGCUUGCCUCUUUUCUGUCUUUGACCAUCUGGUGCAGGUAUCCUGGGGCUCAAUCCCAUGGGCGGUUGAUGCCAUGACAACAGGCUUGUUGUCCAUCCUCUUAGUGACUGCUAUUUCAUCAGGUCUCCGUACGAUCAUUUCAGAUGACCCUCUUGGUUUUCUGCUCAGGAUGUUGUCAGCAGUGAAGUGGCCCUCUUUUGGGAUUCGAUUCUUUUGAAUUGUUCCUGAGGCAGGCAGGCCCCUUUCCUGAGGAGCAUCCAGGAGACUGAUGGUGGUAAAAUACCGGUCAAAGUAGACCAGUGUUCCCUCUGGGAACCGUCUCAGUCAAACGCAGGAUUUCCACCUAUCCCCAUCUGUUGGACUUGAGUGAAGGUGUUCUUUCCCGUGUAGGUUUCAAAGUCCAGCACUAAGCCACCUGGACUUGCAAGAACAAACACCUUUAAUCCUGUUGGAUUUGGCUUCCCAGGCACAAACUGACAAACUGGAUACCGGCUGGUGAAUGGAAUGAUCUGUUCAUCAAUACAGACCUUUGUUGGCAUAGGUAGACUCUCUUCUAAACUGGUCUGACUUUCCAAAGGGGAUCCUUUUUCUUUUCCUCUUCUGGCACUUCCGGAGCAUUGACCACUUUCAGCAAAGAUCUGAUCUUGUAGAAACGAUCACGUAUUAGAAAAGUUGUUAGAAAAGUAAUCAAAGUCAUAAGUUCCAUUACUCUGAUGAAAUAAUCAAAAUAUUUACUUUACUGUUACGUUUUAGUCAGGUAAUUAAUAAUCUGUAACUUAUUACAUUAACCUUCCCAACACUACUUCAAACUUUAUGACUUAUUAAUUUAAUGUUAAAUAUUAUGGCAUUUUUUGAAAUACUCUCAUGUGAGUACUGACUCAUGUUCUUGUGAUGAUGAAACACAAAUAAUGUCAUUCAAUUUAUUUUUCAAUUGUUGUUUACUCCUAGUGUUUCUACUCUUUUAACUUCUAAGCUAGUUAAUUUUCUGAUUUGUAUUUUGUCUUUCUUACUUUAUUGAAUAAUGCUGUAUGUUAAACUGAUGAUGCACUCCGCUAACUGUAUGUUUAGAGGUGUUUUUCAUAGAACACCAUUUAUCUGUAUACUGUGUGUGUAAGUAUUUCUUAUAAACAAUGAUGUCCAGUAGGGGGUGCUGCAACUCCAUCAGUUAUUUUCAUCAGUCUGACUUCAAAAGCGUCACUGUGAGUUUAGCAUUAAACAGUUUUCUG